AUGAGUCUUGCGAAUACGCUUUUGGGUGAUAUAUCGAGUGAUGACGAAUCGGAUAUUGAUGAUAAUCAAAUUGAGAACACAAAUGAUAGCAAAAGUAUGAACUUAGUGCAAGCAUCUACCUCAGAUGGUAGAUUAGCGCAUAUAGACAACUCUCUGUGCCACAAGUAUAUGCCGAUGCUAAAAUCAUUACAAAACUUAGUUGCCGAGUUAAACUCCGAGGUCAGUUUCACCACAUUGGCAAAUAAGUUGGAUUUAAUAACGAAGGCCAAUGAAAUAUUAGGGAAAUCAAGAGAUUGCAUACGAUCUAUACAUACGUUCAUAAAGAUACGAUACAAACCGAUAUGGUCAGACCUUGAUACUCUUAUUCCAAAUCCAAUAAACUUUGCCAAGGUUAUUAUGGUGGUAAAAGACGAUAUUGACAGUGUUUCUUCGAAAGGUGAGGAAUUGUCCACAUUUUUAAAGAAAGAUGAAAUAUUAGGACUAACUGUAUCCGCUUCCUCCAUGGUUGAGCUACCUACAGAGCAAAGAAACUCUGAAAUCAUUGAGGUGAUAAUACCAGCCUGCAAAUUAUUGACUGAUUUUAGUGAUGGAAUUGAGAUAGUUGAAGCCUUUUUAACUAAAGCUGCGUAUUUAUUGACUCCAAAUGUUACCGCUCUUGUUGGACCGCAUAUUGCAGCACAGCUUUUAGCCACAUUGGGAUUGGAUGGUUUGAUUAAAACUCCUGCAUGUAAUCUUCCAAAUCUUGGAGCUAAUGAUUCUGCUACAGGUGUACACUCAACGAGAAUUAAAAGAGGCUUUAUAUAUAACUGUGAGUUGGUUCAAUCUGUUUCCAUGGAUUAUAGAAAGCAGGCUAUGCGGCAGGUAUCUGCAAAAGUGAUAUUAGCUGCGAGGAUCGAUUUUUCGCAAAGAGGAUCAGCCAAGGAGGACAGAUUCGGUAAAGAAUGGUAUAAUGAGAUUGCUUCAAAACUAGAAAAGAUUCAGGCUCCUCCAGAAAAUCAUCAGAUGAAGCCUUUGCCGAAACCAGUGGACAAGAAAUCUGCAAAGCGUGCUGGUCGGCGGUUCAGAAAGCAAAAGGAAAAAAUGAAGAUGUCGAAACUCGAAGAAGCCAAAAACAAAAUGCCGUUUUACAAGGCUGAAGACACAGAAAUGGAUGAGUUUGGAAAUGAAAUUGGCUUAGGAAUGGCUAGUAAGUUUUCUUCGUCCAAAGGGGCAUACAGAAAUUUAUCUAUUGCGGACACACAUCGUCCACAAAUUACAAAAGGAUUAGCCCAAAAGCUGGAAAGCUUUAUUCCGGCAAAUACCGAACAUCAAAGUUCAAAGUUGGUGUCGCUACUUGAAAGCAAUGAUAAAGCAUCAUACAAUACGGCAAAUACUGAGAUGUCGGAAAGGCCUAAGAAGAUUAGGAAGAUCGAGGAUGGCCGAAAUGGAUAUUAA